AGGCGACCAGCCUCCAACAGCCCGAAGAUUAUAGCCCCUUUCAGCAGCCACAAUGUCUGCAGGGCAUUCAGCCACUAUGCGGAGUCGUCUCCUGUAUCAAAGACACGGAUAGCCCACAAGGCUUAUCACGAUUGGUGGGGAACUAAUCUACCGACAUCGAACGCUAAAAGUCCCUACAGCAUCGAUAUGCAUAUUGCUGUGGAGGCGCUUGCCUUGUGACACAGGCUGAGGUUGGCCAGUCCUGUCAUGUCAUAGCCACCACCGGCAGAACCUGGAUAUGUAUCAAUGGCGGCGUCCCUUUCAAAGCGAGGCGGCAGAAUGCGGCCGCCUCCAACACAAGUUUUCUCUUCAGCUCGUACAAUAUUCCCCAACGGGUCCAAUGGCUUACAUCAAGAGUGUGGCUGGUUUCCUCUCAAAUCAAUAGCCUGCUCUGGGCAGAGUCCUCGAUCCCCAUAUUCUACUCAUCCAGCUUCGUACAUUUACCAUCGCAACUUACUCGGUCUCACAAUCUUCUCAAGAAUAUUUUUUUAGCAGUUCUUCACAUCAUCUAAUUGCAACAUGGGGGCUGUAUCGUCAGACAUGUUAUUGGUCCGCAUUGUCCCAUCUAGUCCCUGCGGACCAACAGCUUUUGGAGAAGCUCUCAAAGACAUCACCAUCACCGCAUAUGACAAGACUGUAGCGGAUCCCACCAACGACAGACAAUUAGGAUCAGCCACUGGUCUGGCUGAUCAACCUACACCUGGACAGCCUGGCUCCGGUGGUUCUAGUCCAAGUCCGUUAAUACCGGCGCUGACAAUUUCGGACAAUCCUCCGACUCUAACACCCAGUAUCUUUCAACAUUUCGGAGUAUCAGGCAAUGUUGUCACCAUGUAUUCAGUGGCUACGGCCAUCAUUCUUAUUGAUCGACAAGCUCUGGCUAAUCCAAACGAGGAGUAUCCCACACCAACUUCGUACGAUGUGACCCUCAAGUUGACGCAGGCAUCAACCCAGCAAACCGUGGCCAGUCGUACCCAGAUUCUUGAUUUCAAUGUCCAAAUAAUUACAACCUUCCUCCUUCCACAGACUGUCUUCUACAUGUCUAUGGCAACAGACGUUUAUCUCUCCAUUGAUGUCCCUAUAGCCCCUCUCCCAGCGGGGACAAAUAUCGUUACCUUAAGCAAAGAUGGCACCCCUCCCUCUUUCGAUUUUAUGGUUACUGCCAUCAACAAUGUGCUUGCAGACGACUCUCCUGCUGGUGCUUCGUCGUUGCAAGCAAUGACAACCUUUCUCACUACGGCCCAAGCACAGCAAGUCGCCGGGGAGUUAGUUAACAACAGGUUGCUUGACUCUCCCCCACAACCGCCAUACCCUACAUCCGACAUCUUCAAUUCGGGAAAGAUCUUUGAGAACAUGUAUACCAUUCCAGACUCUGGAGGAUCUGUCCCGCAAGACAUUGAUCAGGCACGGACUAAAUUUGAAGGCGACCGCUCCUCGUACUAUGCAUUGCGCAUGUCCGAUGCUCUCCGGGUAGCCAAUUAUGUGUAUUCCACGAUAUUUGCCGUUUACGCGGAAACAUACACUACGACUGCGACCUUGGCUGUUGUUGAUGUGCCAAUAAUGAAUAAAAUACAGCACUCAUCUUCUAUAUCUACACCGUCACUCCCUCUGUCAGGAACUACUGGUGGUGCGGCCCUCAAUCCCGCCUUUAUAGUCCCGGCAGCCUACUUCUACGCCUUGUCAACCUCGUAUUCCAUUUCACAAACGUUUGAUACUCGGCUGAAGCUCAUUUUUACUACUCCAGAAGCUUCACUUGCUAAUACGCUUGGCCUUGCUAUCUCAUCAGGAGUCUUGGGUUCCCCUGAUCCGACUACAAAGCUAAUCACCUAUGCCUGUACGCUUACAUCGAACAGCGGUACUUCGAUCAACCAACUGCAAGCUAUACGUCGUAUGACAGCGCUACAGGCUUCUGUUCAAAACCCAUCACCAACCCUGGUGGAUAUGACUGCCAAUACAAGCGUUCAAACCAUCAUUACAUCAUGGCUGCAAUUUACGGGCACUGACGCAGAUAUUGCAGCUCAAGUCUGGUUCCCUCCAACUUCAGAGUACCUUAACGCCAUUCUAGAGGUUAUCACACCUGGUAACGAGUCUCUAAUAUCGGAGAUUUUGGUAGAUCUCCGUUUACCACCGGCAAGCGGGACAGGCCUUGGACUAGUAAUCGCCAGCGUGACGGAUCUACUAAGCGUGACUGAGACACAAUGGCUGGAGUUUUUCACACGACAUCCAACCCUACUACCAAGCAAAUAUUUAUUGGGAAAUCUAAAAGGUCGUGUACACUCUUUUGUCCAGGACAUAACAAAGGUGCUCUUUGUUUUACCUGCACAGGAAGCCGCUGCCGACGCUGGCACUCAAUCCGGCAUACCAACCUUGGGUGCAAAUCUCUCGGCAGAUAUUUUGGUUCAAUUCUUCAACACUUCUACUUUCACUCUCUCGGAUCAAUUGAAUGAUACAGAACUUGAACAAAUACGCACAACGGCUUUCCAGCUCUUUGGAUCACAUAGCAUUGCAUCGUUCGUGACAUCCGCGGCCAAUGAGCUAUGGGUCCUGUACCAGAUCACAGCUCUUAAAGAUGCCACGAACUCUAGCAAGACUAUAGAUCCCACGCUCAGAUUCUCCUACAUGGAGGCUCUCCAUGCGCGGGGCUUCACAACUGUUGACAAGGUUCAAGCAUUGGCGAGCAACCAAUUCGGCGCUGCGCUGUCUGGAACAGUUGCCUUCCCUCGUGCAACAGAUAUUUAUAACCUGGCUAUGGCACUGCCUUCAAAUUUGGGAUCUUCAAAUCCAGAGCCAGGUUCUGGAUUUCAGCCUAUUAAUGGUGGAAACCUGACCAACUGCGAGCCCCCUUGCCAUCUUUCCCCGUUUGGCUAUGUGGCAUAUCUUCAAGCCUUGUUGAAGUUUUCUAACGGUACAAACACGUUAGGCACUGUUCUGGCAACAAGACGAGGCCAAUUUGGCAGCUUACUGGUUACCGAAGAAAAUCUGUAUACCAAUGUUCCAGUUAUUGACCUCAUCAAUGAGAGUUUAGAAUCGCUGGCUGCUAAUCUGACUUCUAAUGUCGGUGCAAUAUACAACACGACAGGCAAUUUUCUCACCACUCUCGACGUGCCUGGUGCCCCAUCUAUUGUUGAGCACGGCGUCAGCGAAGACGAUAUUGUGAAGGCAUUGGCUCAGCAUUCUGCGCCACAUCUACCAUCGGAUCAACCCGCGAUUUAUACAACACUCAAAACGGCGAUAGCAGGUCCAAAUUUGCCGUAUUCUCAAGCAUUGGACUUGUCACGCACCUAUCUCGGAGCGAUUGGUACAUCGAGGUUCGAUGUCAUGCGCACCUUUCUGGAGAAUAUUACAGAAUUUGCUCUUGAUGCUUUGCAUGAGCCCCCAAAUUUUAUAAAGCAACAGUGGCGCCUUCCUCUUAGGUACGAGAUUGCACUUGAAUACCUAGGCAUAUCUGCAGAUGAAGCAAGUAUAAUCUUUGGGGGCAACAUGACGGGUUCAGUAGCACUGCAACUCUUAGGCUUAUCAGGUGUUGAAGGAGGGAGAAAUGUUUCAAAGGUUCUUCAGGUUACAGUCUUUCUACAGGCAAUGGGAAUCACAUAUUGUGAAUUCCUUGAGCUACAGCGCAGCGGGGUUGUUGCAUUUGGCCCUGGUACUGAGUCAGAAAAGUAUCCAGAAUGUCUGCCCUGUUGCGAUUCGGAUUUGCUAAUUUCGUUCGGUGGCGAAACCAGCCCUGCGGCUGGAUUAGUUCAAUUGGCAAUCUUCAUUCGCCUCUAUGGUCAUCUUAAGAGGGCUCGUUUUUCCGAUGGUAUUACAAUGGAGAUUUUGGCCAAAAUAUGCCAUCUGUUGGGCCUCUUUACUAACGAAAAUGUGAACCCAGACUUCCUUAGACAGCUGGCGUCGCUUCUCUUGCUCAAGGAAAUAUGGGAUCCUCCAUGGGCAUGCUUGAUAAACCCGGUUUCAACCAACCCGACAAAUCAGUGUGUAUCUCUCUGGUCUGGAAGCGCACCAGACACUUUGGGUUUUCAAUUGGCUGUAAAGGCACUGUUGGAGAGCAUCGAGGAGCGUGCCAUUCGCCACUAUUGUUGCGAAAAAAGAUCCGCUGCCUGGCAUAAGAUUACGGCUGCAAACCUGGAUUCACUGGCUGUGUUAACAGGGUUUGUCCAAGAUACAUGGUACUCAAAGCCUACGUGCACCAUCAGAUUCAUUGAAAUUCUCACCAAGCUCUAUGCGUCAUCAUUUACAAUUGGCGAGGUGCUGUUCCUUUUCACAACAAAGGAGCAUGUCCGCGGCGACGACCCAUUCCCUUGGACAGAGCCUGAAGAAUCCUUUGACGACCCUCUAAAUGUUCCAGAAGACGAUGAAAAGCAUGGUCUGUGGGAACUGCGCAGAAAACUACUCCAAGUCGAAGUGUGCGACGAUGAGCUUGAGCGAUGGACAUGGCAGAGAAUUAAAGCAGUAUUGCAUGAGAUGGGCUAUGAAGACCAUGGAGAGCAGUACUCAUUGACUUAUUUCUCUGAACACUACUUUCCCGAAACACUUGCAAAGAGUGGCAUGCCAGUUGCGCCACAGCAUCGACGCUUUGAAGUGCAGAUGAACAAGUCACCGUCGCCAUAUAUUUGGCAUCCGUUGAACGCAUGCUCUCCAUUCACAUAUUGGCCUAAUGGUGCUGAUUCCGAAGAGAAGGCAAUUCUUUCUACUAAGCUUCCAUUAAGAGACAAAGAAGUGCUUCAUACCUUAAGAGACAUUCGGCAAUUGAAUACUUCUGAGGCUGCUGCAGUACGUGCGGUGUACCUGAUGCCACGAGCGGCUCUCGCACCCUUCGCUCUUCUCUUCUCUAAUUUUGAGCACGCUGCAAAUUUCAUGAUCCAAGAACCAUGUGAGGAUGAGAGGUUUAAAUUCUUCCAAAAAGAGAUCGCUACAUUCCAUAAAAGAUGCUUAAUUAUUGCUCACCAUAUACAUCAUGCGGCCCAGUUUGCAAUGAGAACCGAUAGCGAAAUAUGCAGGUGCAAUCUGGAAGAUUUUGAUAACUGCAAGGGGCUCAAGGUAGCUUGGCGCGUUAUGCUUAGCCUCAUUGCAGAUGAGAAUAGACCACAGACGCCAUGGGAAGACCCGGGUGACACUGGUAUCGUCCCAACGGGGUUUACAUGGGAUCCAAAAUUCUGUGGCAGCGCAUUUGCAGCACUCCUAGGUUUGAUUGGCACUGGACUUAAGGGUGAAUACAGGGGAAAGGCGCCUUAUUUCGUUUGGAAAGAGAUGCGUGGAGGCAUGUCCGGCUGGGGAGAUGUCUGUGACAACUGGAAUACCCCAAUCCCGACGGUAUUACCGAAACUAACUAUCAGUCCUCCAGUCGGAGAGGAGUCCUUUAUAUCGUUCAAGAAUGGAUUUGCUCUAAAUCAAGUAUCUGGAAUGACUUUAUCUGGAGCUGAGCCGUUCGAGAUUGCCUGGUGCGGUGUGCUGGUCGUUGAACGAUCAGGAUGCUACCACUUUACAUUUUCCUGCUCUUCCCAUCAUGACGAAGACAAUGAACACUUCUGUGCUUGCAGAUGUGACGAAGGGAAACUAUGGGCUAUCAAGCUAGAUCGUGGUGAAAAGCACUGGACCCUUCUAAAUAAGGGCAUAGAAGAUGACAAUGCCUUCAAUGUGCCAGAGGUUUACUCACGCUCUAUUCCUCUCCACCACGGUGCAUAUAACCUUACAGUUAUAUUCAAGCAACUAGCACCUAAUUUCAGCAGCUGCGAUUGCGAUGAAGACAAGAAGAGUAUACACACAGGAUUCAGAUUAUGGUACAGCGGGCCAGAUACAAAUGACUGCAGAGACGAAGUGCCUCUACAAGCCUUGUACAUCGAGCAGAAGGAUGGACCCUUGUUUGUUGGCGGUGAACAAGUUCCCGCCGCAGUUUCACAAGUGAUGAACCUGCGUUAUAUCCCAACGAUCAGGGAUAUCCGUCGUACUUACCAGCGCGCAUUCAAGUCUGUUCUCUUCUCUGAGAGACUCUGUCUAUCUGCAUGCAAGCUACACUGCGAGGAGCAAUCUGAGUUGGGCUACUUACUUGAUAACCCAGAGGCUUUUCAGGGCACAUCAUAUUAUUGGGAUACAUCAUCUUCUUCUUUCAAGUCUCAUCAUGCAUUCUUUGACUUCAAUUUCCUGCCGAUAUCGGAUGCUUAUUUCCCCCCAUCGGCUGUGACUGAUGGAAGGGUUGCUCCAUCAGCUAAGCGACAGAACGCGAUGUUUGAUUGGUUCGAGCGCAUCUUUGAUUAUACGGUGCUGCGAUGCGAAGUCAAGCGUAAAUGUCACCCACCGCUAUGGCUUUUGUUCUUCCAUGCGACGCUAGAUUCUCCUCAACCAGUACCCCAGCUUCUCUGGCGUUUGGGCGUUGAGGCAGACCUAGCGCCAUUACUGUUGCAAUACUACUCAACCAAUGGGCUGUUCAAUUUGGCAGAUAAUGCUAACAUUAACUGUCUCGGAGAUGAAAUAUGGACAACCCGAAUCUGGAAAGCAAAGCUCUGGCUAGAACAUGUCCGGCAAUCCUUCUGGUCACCUACUUCUGAGCUUGUUCUCUGUCAGCCAGCCCUCUGGGCUAGCAUCCCGGAGCCCGAUGUAACUGUUAGUGGAACAACAGGCAACAUCAAUCUUGCCCAGUUUGUGUUACGUUCAUGCUUAAAUAUGGACAGUGCAGCUUUAAGAUUAACGGAUGUUACGAAAUGGAAUGACGGUCUCCGCAUUCGCGCUCGUGAAGCGCUUUUAGGGUACCUGGCGGCCAAUGGUCAAUCUGUCACCGACAUUUCGGAUCAUCUCCUGCUGGAUGUUGAAACUCCUAUUCAUAACAAUAUUUCUCGUAUCGAAGAUGCCGUAAGCUCGGCACAGAGACUUAUGCAAAGAGCCAUCUUAGGAUUGGAGCCGUCCUUCCCUGUCGAUCACCAUACAGUAGAAGCUUGGGAAUGCAAGCUGGCUACUUUUGAAAAGUGGGCAGCAGGCCAGCGAAGAGUGUGGUAUUUCGAAAAUUGGCUGCAGUGGGAUGAAUUCAAGCGAUUGGAGAAGAGUGAAGGGUUUAGAUCGCUUGGUAAAGCUCUUAAAUCAGAUGUUUCCACGGUUGCCAACUUUGCUAGAGACUUUAAUUGGAGUGGCACAGCGGGAAUACCCCGAGAGCCUGGCAAAGCUUCACUCUCUUGGUCUCAAAAGUUUGUCCUAGGUCUACAGCAACAGGCUCUGGAUGAGGGUAUUGACCUAAUGGGCACACCAGACAACAGUGGACAGCCAACCUGGGUCGCGCCAAUUGGUCCACCAUCCAUGUCGGGAGGUGGUGGAGAGUCCUCCUCUGAGGGCGGCAACAACAGUUCUAAUACGCCUACGAUUCCUAGGCAAGGCAGGGAGCAAAGUCUCGCCAGAAUCACUGGUAAAACAGACGCCCUAGAUCGAUCAGAGUCAAAGUCGCUAGAAGCACCUACCUUGGCCCAGGACGGCGUCGUCCAUGAAGCCGAACACGUCUAUGCCCAAGAGUCCAGUGUUGAAGUUCCAGUCAUUCAAUCUGACAGCAGACUUCCUGGGGCAUCUUCUCUCAAAUCCAUUCCACUCUGGGUUCAAACAGCUCUACGCCUUGGUGUUAGGUUUAUCAGAGUGGCAGCUUCAAGUCUUCCCAUUGCCGCGCCAUAUCACGAUGGCCAAUCUGAAAAACAAAGCUGUUGUCAAUGCAAUGAAGAACAUGCGCCAGUCAUUGAUGAAUAUUACUUUUGGCUCCAAGACGCGCGACGAUUUGACCCAAUAGAUGCACCUGCUCCUCAGGACGCGGACACCCAUGUUAAUGUGCCUGGCGUUAGUCAAACGAUCGAUCCAAACAACCCUCAAAUAGAUCCACGAACAAUUCAAGCGGAUCCAACCUCUGACUGGGAUGCCCCUACCGCACAGAUGUUACACUGGAGGUCUGAACCAAAAGUGUAUUUGUAUUGGACAAGAGUUCAUAUGGGGCUUCUCCAGGAUCCAAGACGAUCAACAGAGGGCCUUAGCUUGGUCGAAACAGACCUCUCCAAUCUGUUUCUAGACCUUCGCGGCCGCAAUUUUGAUUCUCUGUUGUUCAAUGUGAAGGAGGGCGAUUCUUCAACUGGAUAUCGCUAUGAUAUUGUGACAGAUACGGCAACAUUGAUCCCAGAAGCCGUCCCAAGCGAUGCACCACCCGCCCUGCCUCUGCCAUCAUCAUUUGUGACUGACCUUGCUGCCUUUCCAUACUUCCUCUAUUUUGAUGGAGGUGGACCGCUUGUGCCUAUCGACACUUUUGGCACUAGCAUGGCCAUUGCUACAUCACUCCGUGCAGACUGCCGCUACGAGUCGUCUACAAAAUGGUUGACAAUCUCGUACGACCCUCUCUGCAGAGAUAACACAUGGAUGCAGUGCGCUAGUCGAGGAAACGAUAAUAGUGUAGGCGAGGCUAAACCAGAAUCGUCUAUUGAUGAUUUGUUGGUCUCAACGAAUUUAUUCUCAAAGUCUUCUGAAUUCAAUCGGAUUGGCGCUACUCAAGCAACGCAGCCGGAGGCUGGUAGUAGCUCUGACCGAACUGAAGAGCAUGGUGUUACGCCAGAUACAGAAACAGCUUCACCGCCGCCAAUCCCCAAUGCGAACGCAACCAAUAUCGUCGCCGAAAGCGAACGAAGUCGCUGGCCGCAGGAUGCAACUUGCUGUCCCACUGCUCCCGCCAAAGGUGGAAAAGCCCGUGGCCGGGCAGUGACGCUUGAGUAUUUAGAAACCUUGUUUGCGUGGGCAGAGAGCCUCCGUUGUCGAAAUUCGCUUGAGGCUGACCAACAGGCGCUCACAUUGUUAACCAUUGCUCAGCGAGUUAUGGGACAACGGCCAAAAGACACACUUGCCGCUGACUUGACGGGUGGUACUAUGACGAUAAACACCUUCCAAGCAUCGUCGCCAGCAUUGAAUCCGAGGUUAGUGGCAUUAUAUGAUAAAGUAUGGGAUGCCGUAUCUAUGGUUCAAUCCGACGUCAACAGGCGCAGACUCCGGAAUGGAGUUAUUGGUCGAGAUAGAGCCAUCUACGGCUCUCACAGACGAUUCCAAAUUGAACAACAUUCAUGGAAGUCUGUGCCUGAAUCUGACUGCGACGAUGGCGCUUGUGUUUACUCAUGCUCCCAGGCGUACCGAUUCAGCGCCGUGCUACCGAAAGCGGUUCAGUGGAUAGCCAUGACGAAAUCUAUGGGGGGUGCUCUUCUGUCUGCCUUUGAAAAGGCAGAUAGCGAAACCCUUUCUGCUCUGCGAGCAGCACAGGAGCGCCAAAUAACGGAGUUAGGUCUCGAUGUUUCCAAGAACCAAUACCGAGCAGCAGAUUGGGACGUCCAGGCGCUUGAUAUACAAAUGGCCAAUGCCGUAGCUAAGCUCCAGUACUACCAAGCGUUGAUUUCUGCAGGUCUCAAUUUUAAUGAGAAUGCAUAUACCUUCGCAACAACAGCAUCGAUGGCAAGUCGCACAGCGGCCACUGUGUCAGACGGCAUUGGGCAAGGCAUGGCAUCCACGCCUGACAUGUGGGUUGGCGUUGCUGGCGCUUAUGGCAGUCCACUUCAAUUCCAGCAGAUGCCGAUGGGAGUUAAGCUCGGCACAGGAUUUGCAGCUGCUGCACGCAUUCUUAACACAGUGGCGGAUAUUUCCAGCUCUACUGCCGGACUCUCGUCUACUGAGGGCGGCUGGGACAGGCGCGCUCAAGAUUGGCAGCACCAGUGCGAUGUCACAGUUUACGAGAUUCAGCAAAUAAAGAGACAGCGCUUGGCAGCUCGCCGACGACUGGAGAUAUCUCUUCGAGAACUCAACAAUACCCAGCGGCGCAUAGAGCAUGAAGCUGAAGUCCAAGAUUUUAUGAGAGACAAGCUUAGCAAGUAUGAGCUGUACCUGUACUUGCAGCAGGAAACAGCCGCCCUCUAUCAACAAGCGUUUAAUGCCAGUGUUCAAGUUGCGAGAGAAGCACAGCAAGCAGCUAGAUAUGAGCUCGGAGACACAUCUCUGGACUGUGUUCCAUCCUCUGCUGCCGUUUGGGACAACUUGCAUUCUGGACUGCUGGCUGGUGAGAAACUUGACCUUGGUAUCACCGCGCUAGAGAGAGCGUACAUGAACAGACAUUGUCGCGAGUAUGAGCUUUCUAAGCAAAUUUCGCUAAAGAUGGAUUUCCCGGCAGCCUUUGUGUUGCUCAAGUCAACGGGCUACUGCGAAGUCGACCUACCCGAGUGGUUGUUUGACCUUGACUACCCUGGACACUAUAUGCGCCGUAUCAAGACCGUAUCGCUGACGAUACCCUGUGUUGCUGGGCCAUAUAUCGGCGUUCACUGCCGUUUGCAGCUGCUAAGCAGCUCAAUCCGCGUAAGACCGAUAAUAGAAGCGAGGAAUGUGUGCUGCAAAUGCGAGGAUGCGAGCAAGACGGGAAACUCUCCGCCGAAGGGUUCCAAAGAAGUCAGCAGUAUGAUCCCUGCGAAGAAAUCUACUGGUCGCUGUAUUCAUGACCCCCACGUGGUAACUCGAUUUGCUGGAACAGAGGCGAUUGCAACGUCAACGGGGCAAAACGAUUCAGGGUUAUUUGAAGUUAGCUUUGCUGACCAGCGUUAUCUUCCCUUUGAGUACUCUGGUGCUGUCUCGCGCUGGCGCAUUGAGCUGCCCCCGGAGAAUAACCAGUUCGAUUUUGACAGCUUAAGUGACGUGGUCAUACACAUCAGCUUCACAUCUCGAGAAGGUGGGCCAGAGUUACGGCGAGUGCGGCAACAUACAGCACAAGAACAUUUACCCGGCAAUGGGCUAAGAUUCUUUGAUAUACGGCACGAGAUGCCUGAGGCAUGGUCAAUCUUGAGACGCAACGAACCAUGCCAAGAGUGUGAACGAGAGCCUGAAGCGUGCUGUGAGUUGAACGAGCGUUGUGAAUGUAAACGCGAAAAUGGCAGUCGUGGUAUCGAAUCAUGUUGGCACCAGUCUCACCGUCGUCACCGUGAGAGAGAAUUUAGCCUAGAGUUGACGCGUCAAAUGUUCCCUUUCUUGAACGGAUGCGGGCAACUGGAAGUGACGGCGAUGCACAUACUACUCGAUAUCCCAGACUGUGACCGCGACUGUGAGACUCCAACCUUCAACACUUUCCAGAUGUGUUUCACUCCGCCUCCUGAUGAACUGGGCUGCCCAGACGAGAAGCAGGUUCCCUUCGUACGCACCUCUGGUGGUAUUUGGACUGGAGAGGUUGAGUUAAGUAAGCCUUUGAGGCUUUCGGAUGCUACUGGACCAGGGAUUCCAUGGCGUGGUAAGAGAGGACUGCUGGGCUCAAUCCGUGUGCCAUGUAAUGUGAAGGGUAUUACCCGAGCUUGGCUGCUUUGCAAGUAUAAAGUUGUGGGAAGAUUUGGCGAUAAGACGCGAGUUUGCUAGUGUUUUGUCACUUAUUGUUUUACGCAUUUGACAGAUUGAAAUAUAGCCUAUUAUUUAUAAAGCAUG